AUGUCUGGUAGAGGCAAAGGCGGGAAGGGGCUCGGCAAGGGCGGCGCUAAGCGCCACCGCAAAGUGCUGCGCGACAACAUCCAGGGCAUCACCAAGCCGGCCAUCCGCCGCUUGGCUCGGCGUGGCGGCGUGAAGCGCAUCUCGGGGCUCAUCUACGAGGAGACGCGCGGCGUCUUGAAGGUUUUCCUGGAGAACGUGAUUCGCGACGCAGUCACCUACACGGAGCACGCCAAGAGGAAGACUGUGACCGCCAUGGACGUGGUCUAUGCUCUGAAGCGCCAGGGUCGCACUCUUUAUGGCUUUGGCGGUUAA